AUGAUUGGUAAAAAUAACUCUUUAGUAUAAUUGGAAUAAUUCGAUUAAGAUUUAUAUAAAAACUUGAAGUUCUUGAAAAAUUUUGAAGGAAACAUUGAAGAUUUAACCAUUACAUUUACCAUAAGUGACUCAGACCAAAAAGAAAUAGAACUUAUUUAAAAUGGAAGGAAUAUUAAAGUCAAUAACGAAAAUAAAUUUAAAUAUAUAUAUCUUGUAGCAGAUUACAAAAUGAACAAAUGCAUCAAAGAACAGUCUAAGGCAUUUUUAAGAGGUCUUAACAGGACUAUUCCAGCUGAAUGGCUUUAGAUGUUUGACGAGUAAGAAAUGCAAAUAUUGAUUUCUGGAGAAUAAAAUUCUCUUGACUUGAAAAAUUUAUAAUAAAAUACUAAAUAUGAAGGAUAUAAAAAGAAUGAUUCGUAUAUAAAAAGUUUUUGGUAAUACAUAGAAAGCUUUAGUAGUAAUAAUAAAAUUAUUUUUCUUAAAUUUGUCACUUCGUGCGAAAGAUAACCACUUUUUGGCUUUUAAAAUUUAAAUCCACCGUUUUUAAUUUCCAAAGUAGAUAGCGAAAACGAUUCGAAAUUACCCUCGGCCAAUACUUGUUUUAAUAAAUUUAAUUUACCUAAGUAUUCUUCUCUGUAAAUUCUUAAGGAAAAACUAAAUUUAGCACUUUAAAAUGGUGUUGGAUUUUAUUUGACUUGA